UUUACCUGCGACACUCACACAGACCCCGUCCGUCACACAUGUGGGGGAGACGAAGAUGGCGAGUGGAGAAAUGUUGAGCGUGUUGGAGGAUUGUGAGAAGAAAUUAAUCACCAACACAGCACAACUAGAGAAUUUUCUGAGCCUUCAGGAUGGAGCAGCAACAGACUUCACCUCUCUCACUAAGACCUUGUAUGAUCUCCAUAAAGCUGAGGAGCCUGCAGAGUAUAAAGGCAGCCCGCUGGCAGAGCUGGUGGUGGAGAACUUUGAUGACGAGCAGAUCUGGCAGGAGCUGGAGCUGCAGAACGAUGCUGUCCUGAAACGUUUCAAAAGCGCUGUCGAUGAAGCAUUGUCAGAUGGCUCGUUAACUGUGCUCGUAGAGGAGGAGGAAGAGGAUGAUAAUGAAGCAGAGGUAGAGAUUGGCGAUGAAGAUGAUGAGGGAGAAGAAGAAGAAGAGGAGGAGGUGGAGGAGGAACUGCAAAGGCAGACUAAGAAAAAAACUGAGACUGAGGGUGACACAGAUGAGGACUCUGAUUUGGAUUUCGAUGUGGAUGCUCUGGAAAACCGAGAAAAACAGAAGAAGGAAAUGGGAAGGAAAGGCUCCAAACUAAAAGUUGUUCCCUCUGAAGUUGAUGAUAAGUUCUUCAAGCUAUCAGAGAUGGAGACAUUUCUUGAUGAUAUGGACAAACGAGAGGGAAAGGAGGGUCAGGAUGAGGAUGGCGUCGACUAUUUUCAGGACUUGGCCUCUGACGAGGAUGAAUCUCUCAGUCUGGAUCAAAUACUUUCUGCCAAAAAGCAAAAGAAAAGCACUGUAAGCAGCUCCAGGAAUCUCAAGUACAAGGACUUCUUUGAUGGUGUGGAUGGUGAACCAGCUCCAGCAGAUGGACAGUCAGAUGGUGAGGAUGACGACAUGGAUGAAACUGAAGAACAAAUAGAUGAUGAAGAUGAUUACGAUGGUGAAGAGGACAGUGAUGAUGAAGACAAAGAGGGAAGUCACUUUAAAGCAUCUGCAAAGAAAGUGACCUUUGACCUCUCUGGGGAUGAGGACAGUGAAGGAGAGGACAUGGAAGACAUUUUUGGAGGAAAAACUCCAAGCGCGGCAAAAUCUGAAUCAAAGUCGUCCUUUGAGAAACGGCAAGAAAAGAUGUCUGAGAAGAUCGGGGAGUUGGAGGAAGCAGCUCUAGCACAGAAGCCAUGGCAGUUAUCUGGAGAGGUGACUGCACAGACUCGUCCAGAGAACAGUAUGCUCGAGGAAGAUGUGGAGUUUGAGCAGACAUCCAGGGCGGCCCCUGCUAUCACUGAGGAAACCACACUACAGCUUGAAGACAUCAUCAAACAGAGAAUCAAAGAUCAGGCUUUUGAUGACGUGGUCCGUAAGGAAAAACCAAAAGAGAAUGUGUUUGAGUACAAGAAGAGGCUAACGUUGGACCAUGAGAAGAGCAAGCAGAGCCUCGCAGAAAUCUAUGAGCAAGAAUUCUUGAAACAGACUCAGCAAAAGACGGAGGAGGAGGAAAACCCUGCCCACGUAGAAAUUCAGAAGCUUAUGGACUCGCUCUUCCUAAAACUGGACGCACUGUCCAACUUCCACUUCACACCUAAACCACCUGUUCCUGAAGUCAAAGUGGUGUCGAACUUGCCGUCCAUUUCAAUGGAGGAGGUGGCUCCAGUCAGUGUUAGUGAUGCAACUCUGCUCGCACCAGAAGAAAUCAAGGAGAAGAACAAAGCGGGAGCUUUACUGGGUGAUGAUGAAAAGACACCGACAGACAAGAAGCGCGAUAGGCGCCACAAGAAGAAGGUGAAGCGUCUCAAGAUUAAGGAGAAAGAACAGAGACAGAAACUGAAAGAGGCCAAUAAAACUGGAGAGAACAAAAAGCCGUCAAAGGCCGAAGUCACAGAAAACCUGAAGAAACUUACAAAAGGAGGCAAAGCCACUCUACUUAAGGAUGAGGGAAAAGACAAAGCUGUACGGUCUUCUCAAGCCUUCUUCUCUGAGCUGCAGGACCAGGUCAAAAGUCAGAUCAAAGGUGCAAAGGACCAGUCUUCAAAGAACAAGAAGCGAAAAGAAUUUUCUGCCACCAAACUUAAAUUGUAAUAACUGUGAUCGUUUUGUUGUGUAAGAUCAAGUUGUUAUUGUACAGAUUCUUUUUAUUCAAAAAGUGGAAGUAUAUGUAUUAAAUCUGAUGAUCCUUGUAA